AAUCUAUAUAUUUGUUGGAAGGGCACUUACAAAGACUUAGUGUGGCCGCCGUUGUUAUUCGCUUCAGCUCAUCAGUCCCCAAAGCGUCUUCUCUCCUCUCCCCAUAUCUCCAUCGCAAAAAUGUCUCUGGUGGCCAACGAAGAUUUUCAGCACAUUUUACGUGUGCUGAACACCAACGUUGAUGGAAAGCAGAAGAUUAUGUUUGCUUUGACCUCCAUCAAGGGUAUCGGAAGGCGUUUCGCUAACAUUGUUUGCAAGAAAGCUGAUGUCGACAUGAACAAGAGGGCUGGUGAGUUGACUGCACAGGAGCUGGACAAUCUCAUGACCAUUGUGGCGAACCCCAGGCAGUUUAAAAUCCCAGACUGGUUUUUGAAUAGGCAGAAGGAUUACAAGGAUGGAAAGUAUUCCCAAGUUGUGUCUAAUGCUCUUGACAUGAAGUUGAGAGAUGACUUGGAGCGCUUGAAGAAGAUCAGGAACCACCGUGGUCUGAGGCACUACUGGGGCCUUCGUGUCCGUGGUCAGCAUACCAAGACUACUGGUCGCAGAGGGAAGACUGUUGGUGUCUCUAAGAAGCGUUAAAUGCUUCAUAUAUAUUUUGAACAAAUAUAUAUUGUCAGGCAGAGAGUUAUUUACAUGCUUUUAGGCACUGUUUAUCAAGACAAAUUUUGGAUGUGAUUUAGUUGGUUUUAAACCUUGCAGACAAGUUUUUUAAUCGAUUGUUUGAUCUUUUAUCAAUUGCAAUUAAGAAUACCUGCAUUUAAAUGGUCUA